ACGGUCGAUGGCCUGAUGGAGAGUGUUUGGAGGUGUUUGCGCGACCCGCGCUUGCAACCGCGCGGAAGUGACGGCGUCGGGAUAUAUAACCCUCGCUUGUACUUCCACGUCUGCUCGUCUCUCCUUCCCUCCUUCCUGUCCAGUCCAGUCCUUAUUCUCAAGUCGCCCUAUAAUCAUGUGUGGAAUCUUCGCGUAUUGCAGCUACCUACAGGAGAAGGACCGGAAGACUAUUUGUGAAAUUCUGUGCAAUGGCCUGGCUCGGCAAGAGUACCGAGGAUAUGACUCAGCCGGUAUUGGUAUUGACGGCGACAAGCGCGGCGAGAUGCUUUUCUUCAAGGAAGUAGGCAAGGUCGCCGGCCUUCGCAAGAAGAUUGCCGAGUCAAACAUGGACACGUCCAAGACGUUCCUCUCGCAGGUCUCGAUCGCGCACACCCGGUGGGCGACGCAUGGCCCGCCGUCCGUGGUGAAUUGUCACCCCAUCCGGUCGGACCCCAAGGCCGAGUUCACGGUCGUGCACAACGGUAUCGUGACGAACGCGCAUGCACUCCGCUUGGUGCUGCAGAAGCGCGGUUACAAAUUCGAAACCGAGACGGACACGGAGGCAGUGGCGAUCCUCACGAAGUACAUUUACGACUCGCAGCCGGACAAGCGCAUGUCAUUCACGGAGCUGAUCAAGACGGUGUUGAGUGAGCUCGAGGGCUCGUUUGCGUUCGUGUUCAAGUCCUCGCACUACCCGAACGAGAUCGUCACCGCUCGUCGGGGAUCGCCGCUCCUGAUCGGCGUGAAGACGGAGAAGAAGCUCAAGGUCGACUUCGUCGACGUUGAGAUGUCUGGUCCUGAGGAGACGCGGGAUGCGCUUGCAUCGCCCACGUCUGGCGGCCUGCUUGUCCCUCCCUCUGCCAACGGCCCCAACCUGCUACGCUCACAAUCCCGCGCUUUCAUGUCAGAGGACGGCAUGCCGCAGCCCAUCGAGUUCUUCGUCGCCUCGGAUGCCUCCGCCAUCGUUGAACACACGAAGCGGGUACUGUAUCUCGAGGAUGACGACAUCGCACACAUUUCCGAGGGUGAGCUGCAUAUCCACCGCCUGCGCUCCAAGGACGGUGCGCCGCCGACCGCGUCGCACCGCACGAUCGAGACACUCGAGAUCGAGAUUGCUGAGAUCAUGAAGGGCAAGUUUGACCACUUCAUGCAGAAGGAGAUCUACGAGCAGCCCGAGUCGGUCGUCAACACCAUGCGUGGACGUGUCAACUUUGACAAAAAUCAGAUCACGCUCGGCGGCUUGCGGCAGUAUCUUCCGAUCAUCAGACGCGGCCGUCGCAUCGUAUUCUGUGCCUGUGGGACGAGUUACCACUCGUGCAUUGCAACGAGGGCCAUUUUCGAGGAGCUGACUGAGAUCCCGGUCAGCGUUGAGCUGGCGUCGGAUUUCCUGGAUAGGAAGACGCCCAUCUUCAGGGAUGAUGUAUGCGUGUUCGUCAGCCAGAGUGGCGAGACAGCGGACACGAUUCUGGCGUUGAGGUACUGCUUGGAGCGCGGUGCACUGUGCGUCGGUGUCGUCAACGUUGUCGGAUCGACAAUCUCGCGUGAGACCCACUGCGGUGUCCAUAUCAAUGCUGGGCCGGAAAUCGGUGUUGCAUCGACGAAAGCGUACACGUCACAAUACAUUGCUCUCCUGAUGAUAGCACUCCAGCUCUCGGAGGACAGGAUCUCGCUGACGGAGCGGAGGAACCAGAUCAUCGAGGGUUUACACGCGCUUCCUGCGCAGAUCCGCAAAGUGCUCGAAGACGACAAAAGCCUGCAGGAGCUCGCGACUGGUGUGCUGGCCAACCAGCGUAGUCUACUUCUGAUGGGUCGUGGAUACCAAUAUGCCACCUGCCUCGAAGGCGCACUCAAAAUCAAGGAAAUUUCGUACAUGCACUCGGAGGGCAUUCUCGCGGGCGAGCUCAAGCACGGCCCUCUCGCACUGAUCGACGAGAACAUGCCCGUGAUCAUCGUCAUGACGCAGGACUCGUUGUAUCCAAAGGUGCAGAACGCGUUCGCACAGAUCACGGCGCGCAAGGCGCAGCCAAUCGUGGUGUGCAACGAUGAUGAUGGGGACAUUUCCAAGGACGUCAAGACGAUACGGGUGCCGAGGACGGUGGACUGCCUCCAGGGCAUCCUCAACAUCGUCCCGAUGCAGUUGCUCAGUUACCACUUGGCGGUGAGGAACGGCUUUGACGUUGACUUCCCGAGGAACUUGGCGAAGUCGGUCACAACCGAGUAAGCAACCACACGCGGACUAGACUGUGAAUUAUGACCUAUGAGCAUUUGCAAACUUUGUUGU